AUGGGAGAGAUAAGGGAAAUUCGUGUGAAAGUUAGAGCUUUUGAUGGAGCGCAAAGAAGUGUCAUCGGAGAGAUGCAUCUCACAUUGCAGGUGGGGCCGGCUGAAUUCCCCAUUUUAUUUCAAGUGAUGGAUGUAUCAUCCAACUACAACCUGUUGUUGGGAAGACCAUGGGUUCACAUGGCAAGAGCGGUUCCUUCUACUCUUCAUCAAUGUGUAAAGUUUGAAUGGGGUCACAGAGAAGUUACCAUCCACGGAGAAGGCAAUCACCCCAUUUAUUCUGUUAAUUCUAUCCCAGUCAUCGAUGAGUUAGGCGGAGCCACUUUUCACACUUUGGAAAUCAUGCAAGCUAUAAGGGUCAAUGAAGGAGCAGAGCCCGAAGAUACCAAGUUGUCAAGCGCAGCGAAAAUGGUUGCGUCAGAAAUGUUAAAGUACGGAUAUCAACCUAAGAAUGGACUUGGACCUAAGUCCAAUGGCAUAGUUGAGUCGAUCCAGCUGAAGCAUCAGAGAGGCACCAAUGGACUCGGAUACGAUCCUACCUUUGGAAGAUUCCACCAGGAGGCGAGUGAUACAAUCUUCGUACCCGAACAAUCUUCUAUUCCAGAUCAAGCUGGCGUUGAUGACAUCAUAGAAGGAUUAGGCAAUCUAUUCGUGGCCAUGGCUGGAGAAGAGGAAGGGAUAAAUCUCAAUAAGUUGACCAUUCGUGACGCCAAACCUGGAGAAAUCUUGCAAAAUCGGACCACUAGCCCGUCCCUGUUUCAACCAGAGUCCUGCACUCAUAUUAAUAAAAAUCCUCGUUCAAUGGUUAUGACAUGUAAUGAAUCCACCAAGCAAGAUGAAAAUGAUGAACAAGAUCACGAAAAGUAUGAUGAAAGCAUGAUGCCUGAAAAUCUGCCACACGAGAUUGAGCAGGUUGAAAGUCAGAAGAAACCCAAUAUGGAUGAAACAGGGAUUGUCAACUUAGGAAAUGAGGAAAUCAUGAAGGAGACACGAGUAAGCAUACAUUUGGAGGCUGAAAGAAAGCAAGAGUUAAUAGAAUUGCUUAAGCAGUAUGUUGACGUAUUUGCUUGGUCUUAUGAUGACAUGUCAGGAUUGAGCACUGAUAUUGUCUCGCACAAAUUACCGAUUGAUCCCACUUGUCUACCUGUUAAGCAAAAGACAAGAAAAUUCAAGCCAGAUUUGAGCUUAAGGAUCAAGGAGGAGGUAACUAAGCAAAUUGAGGCGAACAUUGUAAGAGCCAGUCCUAAGGAUGAUUUCCCUCUUCCAAAUAUUCAUAUACUCAUCGAUAAUUGUGCAAAACAUGAGUUGCAAUCAUUUGUCAAUUGCUUUGCAGGGUAUCACCAAAUCCUGAUGGAUAAAGAUGAUGCAGAGAAGACAGCGUGUAUCACUCCAUGGGGAGUGUAUUGCUAUAAAGUAAUGUCAUUUGGUCUCAAAAAUGCCGGUGCAACCUACAUGAAGGCCAUGACUACCCUUUUUCACGAUAUGAUCCAUAAGGAAAUUGAAGUGUACGUGGAUGAUGUCGUUGUCAAAUCCAAAAAAAGUUCAGACCACCUGAAUGACUUACGAAAGUUCUUCGAGAGGUUGCAUAAGUAUAAUCUAAAGUUGAAUCCAGCAAAGUGUGCAUUUGGAGUACCCGCGGGAAAACUAUUGGGAUUCAUCGUUAGCAGGAAAGGCAUAGAAUUGGAUCCAUCAAAGAUAAAGGCAAUCCAAGAGCUACCUCCACCCAAGACCAGGAAAGACGUGAUGAGUUUCUUGGGAAGACUGAAUUACAUCAGUCGGUUCAUAGCUCAAUCUACAGUGACCUGCGAACCCAUAUUCAAGUUACUGAAGAAGGAUGCUGCCACAAAAUGGACGGAGUAA